AUGUACUUACAUAUUAAUUAACAUUUAAUCUUGAAUACCGUUAUAUGUGUUGUUAUUUCGAAUGUAUUCAUUUGUGGACUUUUCUUUUGCUAGUUCAUACUACGCACUUCAGUAGUAGUCUUUCGCGCUUUCACUUUCCUUCUUUUACUUACUAAUUAAUAACAAAUAAAUGCCGUGUGUGCGCUGUAUGAACGCGAAACAUUCAAGAAAAAGAAAACGGGGAGGUCUGUGUGUGUGUGUGUGUGUGUGUGUGCAUGUGUGUGUAUGAAUAUGGAGUUCGGGGACUAGGAGAGUAACCUCCGUGUUUUCAUAACUAGGUAAAGGUAGUACAGCGCAGCCGGUAUACGCAUGCGCGGAUGCGCUCGCUCUAGAACAUUUCGGCAGCUUCGCGACAUUUCUUCACGUCCCUGAAGGAAAAUGCGUGAAAACGCUGUUAAUACUUCCGGUAUUGUAAGCUGCCUUCAAAUUAAGCCUUACAGCGUUUAUGUGUAGAGCUUCUCUACGCGUCUUUCAGAGAAGUAUUCAAAUCUCCUUGACCGUGUUUUGGACAUUUCGGGACUCUUAUGUAUAUAUUUUAACUAUCUUGUACUCUUCUCCACUCUGCUAUUAUAAAAACACUUUUAUUUCUAAAAGGACAUAACGGACAUCCAGAGUUUGAGACGACUGCUUUAAUGUAACCACUCCGAUGCUCUGUCAACAACUGCUGUACGGCCAAGAAACGCGUUAAGUAGGGUUUUACCUGGGAGUUGUCUUUGGACAGCAGCGUGCUGUAAUGUGUGUUUUUAACAGUCGGACUAACUAACGAACAAGGCACUGGCAGAUCAUAAACUUGUCGGGUCUGGUGGCUUUGGUAAGAUUUGCUCUUGGCUCUAACAUAAGAGACACCUGGCUGUAAGUUGUUAAACUUGUGUUUUUAGCGGAACAGUAAAGAAUAGCGGGGCUUUAAGUUCAGAUACUCAGCUGUGAAGUCACUUCAGGUUUCUGAAUGAACUCUUAAGUACGUUAUGUUCCAAACACAGACAUAAAGUCUUUGGGUCUGACAAACGUUAGCUUGCUAUAUCAGGACUGUCUGUAUAAGUCAGCCAUGUACCACGUGCCGAGUGCUUAAACAUAUAUGUUUCUUAAAAUAAUUUCCAAUCGCACUAUGAUAAUUUUAAGUACUGUCCUUAAGUUGGUCAAGUGCCAUCAGUCUGAAAUGAUCUACCUCGCCUGUAUUCGUCAAGGUGCAUGCUAGCGUGUGCUAACAUUACGGACAAGAGUUAUACUUCCGCUUACAAUAUUAUAAAUGCAUACAUUUGUGACCCAGAAAGAAAUGUGUAAGUUUAUUAAUUAUGUUUAUGAGAGUGUAAAUCGUAGGGGUACAUACAGUUAUUGGCAAUACUGGUAUUUAAACACGUUUUGGCAUGUGCUUUAAUUUGUAAACCCAGCCGCCCGCGACGGAAGUGGUGUUAUUUGACGAUUUUAGCAACCCUAACGGAACUCACCCAACACCGUUAACUGUAGCUUACUAGGCUAAUCUGUUUACAUGGUCAGUUUAGACUGCAACGUACUAGUGCUCUCGCUAUAUAUACACACACAUAUAUAUAUGUAGGUGUACGAUCCUGAAGUCAUGACUUAAUCUGACCGCAGGCUUGCGUCUGUUUCAUGUGGCGAUGAUGUUGUUUUGCCUCUUUCGGCUUUGCUAGGUGAUACCAGCUAGAUUACACCUUGCAAAUGAAACGGGGGAUAUGUGACUAUACUCUGGAAGGUUAUAUUAGCCCAAGUGUCUUCUUCACAGAGCCUGAGAUCCUGCUUUUGCGUGCAGCUAAAGGGAGAACUACAAUGCUGUGCUGGGGAAAUGCUUCCUAUGGACAACUGGGCUUGGGUGGGAUUGAUGAAGAGAUUGUGGUUGAGCCAAGAAAAUGUGAAUUCUUUCACGGGAAGCAAGUGAGUGAUGUGGGGUGUGGCCGCAGACACACAGCUUUCCUGCUGGAGGACGGGACGGUGUAUACCUGUGGCUGCAAUGAUCUUGGGCAGCUUGGACAUGAGAAAGCCAGAAAGAAACCCGAGCAAGUUGUGGCCUUGGAUGCACAGAUCAUAGUGGCUGUAUCAUGUGGAGAGGCCCAUACACUCGCCCUAAAUGACAAAGGACAGGUUUUCUCGUGGGGUCUUGGUUCAGAUGGACAGCUGGGAUUAAAUAACUUUGAAGAAUGUGUUCGCGUGCCUAGAAACAUCAAGACUUUGUCAGAUGUUCAAAUUGCUCAGGUAGCCUGUGGGUACUGGCACUCCCAUGCACUUUCAAAGGGGGGCCACAUCUUCUCAUGGGGCCAGAAUCGAUAUGGCCAACUUGGGUUAGGAAUCAACGGACAGAGCAUUUCCACACCCCAGAUGAUUCAGUCUCUGCAGGGCAUUCCUUUUGCUCAAAUAUCAGCAGGUGGAGCACAUAGCUUUGCCCUCACUCCCUCGGGAGCUGUGUUCGGUUGGGGGCGCAACAAUUUCGGUCAGCUUGGUCUCAACGACUGCAACGAUCGGUAUUUCCCGGCCCUCCUGAAGUCCCUCAGAUCACAGAGAGUGAUUUACAUUUGCUGUGGAGAAGAUCACACGGCUGCACUGACCAAGGAAGGGGGCGUGUUCACAUUUGGAGCAGGAGGAUAUGGACAGCUUGGGCAUAACUCUACAAAUCAUGAAAUAAACCCCAGAAAAGUGUUUGAGCUCAUGGGAAAUGUAGUCACACAGAUUGCAUGUGGAAGGCAACACACGCUGGCUUUCACGCCGUCAUCGGGGAAGAUGGAUUCAUUUGGGCUCGGAGGGAACGGGCAGCUUGGCACACGGUCCACUUCCAACAGAAAAAGCCCUGCUCUUGUUAAAGGUCCCUGGGUAGUCGCCAGCACUGCAACAGAUACAGAUUCAGAGGAGAACUGUUGUGUCAAACGGAUUUAUGCUGGAGGAGAUCAAAGCUUUGCUCACUAUUGCAGUGCCAACAGCCUUCAGAACGGAGAUGACACAAGGAUACAAGAUCCCCAGAGAAAGAUUUACUCCUUGAAUGAGGAUCUCAUACAAAAAUGGUUGAACCACUCACAAGGAAGACUCCCGCUCGACAUCUCCAAUGAGAUCGACCUCGUGUUCUCCUCAGCAAGCUGCCUAAAUGGGUCUUUCCUGUCAAUGAGUCAUCCAGAUCACUACAGUACCAGCAGUAAAUGUUCAGGGGUGGAUAUGAACAUGGCUCGCCUGCUCUUCAACAAAGUAAUCCAAGAGGGUCACCCUGAGAUUGCUCAGCAGAUUGCUGCUAGUCUGGAGAAGAACCUCAUUCCCAGGCUAAACAAUUCUCCUCCAGACAUCGAAGCCCUGAGACUCUACCUCACUCUUCCAGAAUGCCCUCUCUUCACUAACCGAAAUAACUACGUCACCAUCUCUAUCCCAUUUGCCAAAUCAGUCAUCAGCCUAAAAGAGGCUCCACUGAAGGUACUAGGAAACUGGUGGUCUACGUUUGAGUCCCCAGUCUUCCAGCGGCUAGUUGAACUGUACAAGGAAGUGGUGGUGUAUCUGCUGCAGAUGCACAAGGUGGGCAUUCCCGCAGUAGAGCAGAGAAUUUUCACCUGUUUUCUGGACACGUCGCUGCGACUCCUGGAAAUCCUACACAAGGUGAGCGAGAAAGCGGGACACAUCAUUCAGUAUGGCAAGUUCUACAUUCAUGAGUUGGACAACCUGAUAGACAUCCGAAAUGACUAUGUCACAUGGCUUCAGAGGCAGAUGUACCCAAUGGGACAUGAUGGUGUGGUGACUCUGUGCAAGUAUCCCUUUGUAUUUGAUGCCCAAGCAAAGACUACACUCCUUCAGACAGAUGCUGUCUUACAGAUGCAGAUGGCAGUGGACCAGGCACAGAUGCAAAAUUUCAGCUCCAUGUUCCUACCGGCUGUGGAAUCCGUCAACCCGUGCCUCAUCCUCAUCGUUCGCAGGGAAAACAUUGUUGGAGACACUAUGGAAGUGCUCAGGAAGUCUAAGAAUGUUGACUAUAAGAAGCCACUAAAGGUGAUCUUUGUGGGAGAAGAGGCCGUCGAUGCAGGCGGCGUGAGAAAGGAGUUCUUCCUUCUGAUCAUGAAAGAGCUGCUUGAUCCCAAAUACGGAAUGUUUCGUUACUACGAGGAGUCUCGCCUCAUCUGGUUUUCAAACAAGACAUUUGAGGACAUUGACUUGUUCAACCUCAUCGGGGUCAUCUGCGGUCUGGCCAUCUACAAUCUCACCAUCGUUGAGCUCAACUUCCCCUUGGCCCUUUACAAGAAGCUUCUGAAGAAGAAGCCAACGCUAGAAGACCUGAAAGAGCUAAUGCCAGAUGUGGGAAGGAGUCUGCAGCAGCUACUAGACUACACAGAAGAUGACCUUGAGGAAACCUUCUGCUUGAAUUUCACAAUCACAGAGGAAAACUACGGUGCCACAGAGGUUUUGGAGCUUGUACCAAAUGGGGAAAACAUUAACGUCAAUAUGUCAAACAGGCAAGAUUUCGUCAGUGCCUAUGUAGACUAUGUUUUCAACACAUCGGUAGCUCCACUCUUCGAGUGCUUCUAUUCAGGCUUCCACAAAGUGUGCGGUGGGAAAGUUUUAGAACUGUUCCAGCCAAACGAACUGCAAGCCAUGGUUAUCGGCAAUACCAACUAUGACUGGAUGGAGCUUGAAAAGACUACUGAGUACAAAGGGGAGUACUGGACAGACCACCCUACAAUCAGGCUUUUCUGGGAGGUGUUUCACAAUCUUCCAUUGGAGAAGAAAAAACAGUUUCUCUUGUUCCUCACUGGAAGUGACCGCAUCCCCAUCUUGGGCAUGAAAAGCUUGAAACUGGUGAUCCAGCCUACUGGUGGAGGGGAGCAUUACUUACCUGUCGCCCACACCUGCUUCAACCUGCUGGACCUGCCCAAGUACACAAGUCUAGAAAUGCUCCGUGAGAAGCUGCUACAGGCUAUAGAUCACAAUCAAGGCUUCAAUCUUGCCUGAUAGAACAUAAAAAUCCAUGUUGAGACUGUUGAUGGCAACCACAUUCCCAGAUGGUUUUUUGCAGACUUCUCAGUCUGGAUGAGUCAAACACAAGUUGAAAAAAAUAAAAAUUAAAAAGGAGGCCACAUGACACUAAAGGUGACUGAGAUGAACGGCUGGACUUUCAUGUUAAUGUUGAUUUUUUUUUUUUCCAGCUGCUUUCUUGCCAUCAAAGUAUUUGAAGCCCAAUCCCACACAAGUUGAUUCACAUUUAAUAUUGCUCAUGUAGAUAUGCUUUUAUUCAUGUUUGGAUAGGACGAAGCAAACUACUGGUAUAUACAGCACAGGGGCAUAAAUAAACUGGCAAACUCCUGUAAAAUACAGUGAAAUUUUUCUAAUGCUUAACACCUAAUUUAUUGUGACAGUGAGAUGCUUCUAUUAUGUUUUUACUGGUUUAAAAUGUAGUCAAACACCACAAAAUACCACGUAAUUCCACCCUCCCAAAAAAUAUAGAGAAAAAUAAGACCUGAUUCACAUCUGACAAGGUGUCAACAGAAACAUAUUUUUUAAACUACACUCUAGCAGUAUUUUCUGCAUGGCUUUGUCAUCAAAGUGACACCGUAUUUUACAGGAGUUUGGGUUUUUUCAUCCCCUGUUGCAAAAAUUGUUAGCCAAUGUAAAUCUACUUUGUUUGACAAAGGUUCUCUUGUGACAUUUGCUCGAGAGCAAUGCGAAGUGUUUGCUAUAGAUGCUGAGUGGAUUUUCUUGGCUGUUUGCCUUAACAAUCCACAAAUAAAAACAAAGUACAGCCACUGAAAUAAAUGGGUUACUUGCUGGUAAGGUUCGAAGUUCUUAUGAAAGGUUGGUUAUUUUUAAUAUAGUACCUUGUGUUUGAAUAUUGCUGUAGAAGGUAUUUUUUAACAAAAAAUAUACCACAUUUUGUUUUUAAAAGGGGUUAAUUCUGCUUUUUGUUAUUUUCUUUCAAAUAUGUUCUGAUGAUGGAUGUUCUUAUGACACCUGACCAGAGUUUCAGAGGAGGUGGUAAGUAUAGGUAUGUGUAAUCCGUGUGCUUAGGCAUCAGCGUCUUCCUACUCUUGGGUUUGUAUGAAGUUACAAAGGGCAGAUGUCAUCUCGGGCACACAGCCAUUUCCUAUUCACAUCCUGCAAGUGGAGGGGCUCAUGAAAGCGGUAAAGACAGCCAAAGUAAUUAUUUACGCCAAAAUCUAGACGGUAAAUAAUGGCGAUUUUUUUAGAUUUCACAUUUACAAUAUCAUCACUUCAUUCUUCCAAAGAAGGUGAUUUUUUUUCCCUAUGAUUGGCUAAUUGUUGACACAAUGACACAUUUCUUCAAGGGCAACUGUUGAGGUGUCAGAAAUGUAGUCGAAUGCGCAAUAGAAACCUUUGAGGGGCAGCCAAUCAGAAAUAAAGUUACCUUAAAGUCAGAGAGACAAAAUCUGAGGGCCUGCAUUAAGGAAAAAUAAUGAUUUUUAAUUGACAGUACAAAGCUGCUGUGAUGGAUUAAAAUAUGUUGGAAAUCAGAAUAAUAGGUCCCCUUUAAAGUCCAGCUUAUAUAGUAAAUUAACCUUUAAUAUUUUAACUGUGUCUGUUCUCUCAUGAAAAUACCCAUCAACACAUUCCACUUCAAGUCACAAUUUAAUCAUAAACUGUACAAGUUGAAUGAUGUGCACACACUGCAGAAUAUGGCCUUAAAGAAGGCAAAUACACUUGUCUGUUGUUGCCCAAUUUGGGGGCUUUGUGUGUUAGUUUUGGUAUCAGUGGGGCAACUCGUGAUGGACAAGCUUAUAGUGGGAACCACAGGAAGGACAGCGCUGGGCCUCUCCCUCAUGAAGCCAGAACCACACAAUAGCAGUGUUGUCUUCCUCACCUGCAAAGAUUUUUAAAAAGUUAUAAUUAAAAAAGAAAAAGUUGUUAACACUGGUAAAACAGAUUCAUAAAGGGGAAAUUGUAUUCAUUAUGCAUCACUUACAGAGACAUCCCACCAGCCUCUUGGUUCCUAUGCCUGGCACAAUGUGAGGGUCUUCUUUGGUACCAGCAUAGUGCUUUGGUUUCAGGAUGCUGUAAGGGUCCUGUGAUGUAAACGGGAAAAAGAAAAAAAUUAGCUUAUGUGCAGUUCAGGUUCAUUAUCAUAUGUAUACAGUAGCCUACCUUUCCCUGUUUGAGGGCCUGGAGGGUACGGCGCUCCAGCCCAGUGGCCUGUUCUUCAUCUGUUGGUAUGCCUGAAAAAUUAAAUAGCAAAAAGGUUUCUAUUAAAAAAAUGAAUAAAUGAUAAUAAUAUAUACAAAUAAUAAACAAAAAAUCUGUAUUUGAUUCAGCUGCUUAAAAAAAAUCAGUUUUAUAUUAAAAGCCUAUAAUAACUUGCUUAAAUCUUACUUCUUGCAUAUGGCCUCCGCACACUAAUAACUAAAAAGACUAAAACUAACACAGAAACCAACACGAAACGUCUUCUAAGAACAAAAACUAAACUAAAUUAAAAAGAAAAGCUCAAAACGAAAUAAAAAUUAUAACUAAUUAGAAAAUACAGAACUAUAAUAAACUCUGUAAUGAGUGCGGGCAAGCCUGCACGUCAGCAUUGGACGCCUCCCACAAUAACACACUCCUGUCCCCUAUCAGGGUGCUGGCACCUGCCCAACGGAGUCUGCCAAAGGAGGUGGGUCUAUCAAAGGCCUUUCCACUCGCUAAAGUCCAAAUGACCUUCAUUUUUUUUUAAGGUGUACUUUAUAGUCGUAUUUAGGUAGGGACUUUGUGUAUCUCAAAGCACUUAGGCCUCCCACAAAUAUGUUUUACUUCUUUAAAUAAAUAUGUACACAGGUGUUUCUUUUUGAUGUAAAUAAAACACUGGCGGUAGCUAGCUAGCACGUACUGCAAACUCCUUGUUACUAACUUGUCAGCUACCAAACUAAACAAUAAAGACGCCGCUAAAAUUGCCAAUAUAACCAGCCUUUCGCUUUUCGCACUAAGUCGAGUGAGCGGUGACAGCUGUGGCUGUAACGCACUGCGGAGGCCUGUGAAGUCACGUCUCCUGUCGUAAAUACGGAGUCCUACCUCUCACUGUGGCCAUUGAACGGUGCAGCGGGGCCAGCACGCCGCUCCUCAGCUGCAGUGUUGUUGUACAAGCUCGGAGAAGAAGACGUCCCGCCAUUAUAGUGCCUUUUUCAAGUACAGUGAAUGACCUGACUCUGCUAUAAACCGGACUGAAAUGACCCCACUACAACCGCCUGAGUGACGGGUGCGCGGGCCAAUGAGCAGAAGCGCAGCUGAUCCGACCAAUCAGAUUCAGCAGUGGGAGGCACGCUCUACAGGUGGUAAACACCGCUGUAUACUUUAUUAUAGAAAAACGUAGUUUCAUUUUUGUUAUGUAAAAAAACAGCAACAACAA